AUGGUUAGCUCAAAAGUCCAUGCUCCACAUGCGAAGAAGGAGUCGUACUGGGUAGAGAAGACCAUGAAGCCAGUGGAUAAAGAUCAGGUCCGGCCACACAAAUCAGAUGUCGGGAGUAGGGCGAAGCCUCGUCUAGGGUUUCCGAGUUGUAGUGUGCCCAACAGACCAGAUGGUAUAGUUCUAAAUUUCGGUAACACGCGACUAGAUACGUGCUUAUACAAGCCUAGCAAGAGUUUAGAUCGAGCCUUCCAAUCCAACUGGGUAGAUUGUGUCCCAAGAAAAAAGUCUGUCAAACAUAUUCAGAUGGUACCACCAGAGAUCAAACGUCGCGUCAAGACGCCCAGGCCGUACUGUCCCCCCGAUACUCCCGACCAGCAAUCCACAGAUACCGAGUGCCCCGAGCCCGAGGGCCUGAAGAGCUCAGUUGAAGACAGAGCAAAGCAGAAAGCCAGCAAGAGGCCGCGAACCCGCUAUCCGAGUUUCUCAGAGUAUAAUGUGGCAUGGAAGUCAGCAUCCUCAGAUAGUCUUCAUCCGCGAUCCGUUUGCGAUAUGUGGCGCUACUACCAAAAUUUAUACCGGUGA